AUGACUUCUAAAGCUGAAUUACAAAAAGGUCUGACAGUGGAAUCAAGUAGCAUUCAAGAGCCUUUUUUAAAGUCUUCAGAUGCUUUCAAUAAGAAGGAUUUGAUUGAAGUUGAAAAUGGAAAUGAAAUCUUGUCAAAAAAAAUGUUCCUAAUCAAUAAUGCCAUAGAUGAGAUUGGAUUUACUUGGUAUCAUGCCAAACUAUUUUGCAUUUCAGGCUUUGGAUAUUCUGCCGACUCACAGCUUGAAAUGAUUCAGAGCUCAGUGUCACUGUAUGUAAAUUAUCAGUUUGGGAGGUCUUUUCCUGUUGCAACAGAAAUAUUCUAUGUUGGAUUAUUAUUUGGAAGUUUAUUUUGGGGUCUAGGUGGUGACAUUAUUGGAAGAAAAAUCGCCUUCAAUUGGUCGUUGUUCUUAGCAGCACUGUUUGGGUUCUUUGUCGGAGGUAUGAACUCUUACGCUACAUACUGUAUUUUUUUAUUUUUGAACGCAGCUUGUGCCGGAGGAAACCUUGCGCUAGACGUCGCUGUUUUUUUGGAAUAUUUACCUUCUAAAUAUCAAUGGCUUAAUACGUUUCUUGCGGCUUGGUGGGGAAUUGGACAAACUAUUGCAGUUGCUCUCGCAUGGGCUUUCAUACCAAACUUCAGUUGUGACUUAGAAGGUGAUUGUCCUUCCUCUUCAAAUAGGGGUUGGAGGUAUUGCUGGUAUGCGAAUUCGGCUAUUUGCAUGUGCGGGGCGCUUGUUAGAUUAUUAUUCUUCAAGUUAGAUGAGACGCCAAAAUUCUUAGUUUCAAACGGUAGAGACGAAGAGGCAGUCGAGUCUUUGAGAAAGAUUGCUUUGAAAUAUGACAGACCAUUUAGCUUGACAUUGGAAGACUUAGAAUCUUGCGGGGAAUUGCUUGAUGUCUUCAAAAAAACUAAACAUGAACUUGGACAAGAUGAAAGCUUGUGGUCUAAAGCAAUAUCAACAUGGAAACUAAUCAAAAAGCAUGUGAAAAUUUUGUUUGCUACAAAGUUAGUCGCAUAUUCGACAUCUUUGAUACUAUGGUCUUGGUUUUUGAUAGGUCUUGCGUACGACACGUUUUACAAUUUCUUGUAUAUUUAUAUCGCUGAAAAAGGUGGCAAUGUGAAUAGUGUAUCGAUGGUAUACAGGGAUCCUGUCAUAGCAAAUUUUGUUGGGAUUUGGAGCCCGAUGCUAGCGGCUGCAAUGGUAUUCAUUCCAAAAUGUGGUAGGAGAGGAACGAUGGCAUUUGGAGCUGUGUCCAGUAUGGCAAUUCUCUUUGGUUACACGACAGUAAGGAGUGCUGCUGGUGAUGCUGGAUUUUCAUCAGCUACAUACUUCUUUAUUAACAUUUAUUAUGCCUGUUUAUAUGCUUAUACACCAGAAGUGUUUCCGGCGCAAGCCAGAACUACAGGAACCGCGCUAGCGGUAACUAUGGCAAGGGUAGGGGGCGUUGUGACACCAGUUAUAUAUUAUUAUGGUCAAGAGUCUGGGUCAUCUGUUCCUAUUUGGGUUUGCGGCGCUGCUGUAGGCACUUUGGCAGUGACAUCAUUAAUGAUGCCAUUUGAACCUACUUUACAACGUACCGUUUGA